UUUGUCAACAGCGAGCCGGGCCCACCGUUUGGAUCUUUGAGGAUCUUGGCAUCUUGGCCACCCAAGAAAGUCGUUGAAUCUUGAGAUGGCCAUUGUCACCCCACCUGACCACUACAAGCUAGUACGGAAGAGCACAAGCAAGAAGACAACAACUUAAAAUACGAGAUGACCAAGACGGCUGAACAAGACGACGAGAACAAUGGCGUCGUUCGCAGUACCAAGUGCUUUGUGAUUUCCGUACAAGAUUUCCCACCGCCGGAUUCCAAACAGACUACUGCCAAAAAGCCUUUGACCGAUCAUUCGUCUGCGUCGGUAGCAUCAUCAUCAUCAUCACCUUCUGUGGUCCAUGUCUUGGUGAUUGCCCAUCCCGACGACGAGAGCAUGUUUUUCUUGCCCACAUUGACCAAUUUGAUUGCAGCCGGAGAAACCGUGUGGUUGCUCUGUUUGACAACGGGCAAUUACGAUGGAUUGGGCGAUACCCGCAAAAAGGAGCUCUCGAACGUCUGUCGAUAUCUGGGCAUUCAUCGAUUGAUCCAAGUCCAAGUCGAACGGCUGAAAGAUCAUCCCACAUGCGCAUGGGAGUUGGAUGCCGUAACAGGGGAAAUCGAACGAGCCUUGCUGGCUGCCGUCAAGAAACACAGUGACAAGAAUAAUAAUAACAAUAAUCCACCGAUUCAACGAUUGGUCCUCAUUACAUUUGAUUUCUUUGGAGUCAGUGGACACAUCAAUCAUCGGGAUACCUAUCUGGGAGUCCGAAAUUUGUAUUAUCAAGAACAAAAACAGCCACAAAAACAUGACGAAAAGACAGGCACUACCAAAACAGACGCUCCAAAGGAAAUGCCACUUAGAUUACCUCCACUGGAUGCUUGGCAAUUGGAAACUGUUCACUGGUUGCCCAUCAAAUACAUGCCCGUCGCUGCAUGGAUACGACUCCUCCUGUAUCUAAUUGGGCUCUGGAAACCCACUUUUACACCAUUUCCCACUCUACCACCACAAAAUACUGAGAACGACAAGCAAGCUGCGACAACCAAUGACAAACAUAAUAUCCAACAGAUGGCCCAUGUCUUUCAAAGUGUGGAUUGCAUCCAAAGUUGGAAGGCCAUGUCCACACAUCAAUCGCAAUGGGUCUGGUACAGACGACUAUUUGUCAUUUUUAGUUGCUACACAUUUGUCAACAAACUCAAACCAAUUCGGUAGCAACUAUUGCUCUGAAUACUGAGCAUUAUUCGCCGCCGUGAACAAAAUAUUUUAUUAAAACAACUGUCAAUAUUGCACAGCUUUGGACGAGUCGAGUAAAGUCUAUGGUGAACAAAAGAGUAAGACAAUCAUCCUUCCUUUCCUUAGGCUUGUGCCAUUUGAAUAAACCAAUAAACCAUUUCAGACGCUACUUGCUUUCGCAAGAACGUAAUACGAAAAGCAGUGCAGGAACCACAAUACAAUUAGCGCCACUGAAGUCAGCAGUGCAAAACAAAAUCUAGCGAGCUAGCAAGCAGCCGCCACACAAGACAGCCGUGUAGCUAGAAGCCUGAUUCCAGAUUUAUCGUUGCAUCCAAAGAUCAACUGUGCCAUGUCUACAACACAGUGGUCCUGCUGCACCAACUCCAAUAAGAAAGUCUGCUUACCAGAACUGUAUUUGCUGCUGUUGGUAGACCAGAUGUACUUCCAUAUGGUUCCUCCUUCAACACAACCUUUGACGUAGCAUUUGCCGAUUGUUGUCAAACAAAUGUCCACUGGUGAUUGCUUCAGUAAAGCUCUCUUUGGUCCCGUAGCUCCACGCGAAGCAUUUUACCAGG